AAGCCAUAUUUUACAAGACAUCACUCACGCGCGUCAGUUUGCUUUCGGUUUUGUCAGCAUGGACGCGCUUCUGCACGGAUUUGUCGGAUAUCAAUAAAACGAUAAUCCAACAAUGUUAAACAUGCUGUUCCUUGUUAUUUAUUCCCAACUCUUUGCCUGGAUGAACAACACAUUUAAAUUAGAAUAUUCAAUUCCGAUUGCAGUAGCUGCUUUGGGAAUCUGUGCCUGUAUAAUUAUCAAGCGUUAUUUAUUGUAUCGUGAAGAAAAGCACUUGGAGGGAUUUUACUAUUUUGCUCAGAAAAUCAUUCUAGGGAUUUUCUUCAUGCUUCACCUAAUAUUAAGUUUGCUGUAUGUAAGUGUGAUUUUAGAAAAUGACAAAGGACGACCUGUAAAGAUCUGCGAGUUUGUGUUUGUCUACAUUCUGACUGUCACAUUGCUGUUUCGAUUCUGGAAACGGGAACAUUUAUUUGCCAAACCCCGUAAAUAUGUAUAUUUAUCAGGGGCUUUUGGUCUCCCUCUCCUGAAUUCUGUUGCCCUGGCUGUAGUAUUAAUACUCAACGCAGACACAGGAAAACAGCCACUGGAUCUACGACUGAUUGUCCUGAUUUCUGGGUCUGUCUCCCUCUUUGGCUGGUUUUUUAUAGAGAUGUCUGCAUACUGGUUGGCCAAAAAAGAAAAAAUAAAAGAACUGUUGGGUUUGGUUGAGAGACACCAAGAUCCUGAACCAGACCAGGAGAUGGAAGACUGCUCAUAUUCAUCUAGCUCCGUUGGAUCAAACACAAACGAGGGAUCACAUGACAAUGAGGAGACUGAAGCAUUGUCCCACACUGAUCCCAAUGGACCAAACACAAAGGAGGGAUCACAUGACAAUCAGGAAAUGGAGGCAUCAUCACCUGCUGAUCACAAUGAACCAAACCCAGAGGAGGUAUUACUGGGGGAGAAGAACACUGAAGGCUGAAGGAUCUAUAGAGUUUAAUUUGAUGUGUUUUGCCCAAGUUUACCAGGUCCUGUUGGAUCAACAAGUUACUCGUGUUAGCAGUCAUCAGACUAUUGAUGCUUUUUUACACUUGACUAUCUGAAGACUUGAGGGACUUUGCUGGGUAGCAGAUUUCCAGGACAUUUCUAGGACCAGCUGCACAUGCAUAUAAGCAGAUGUUCAUCUACAGAGCAGCACCCUGGGAAGGACCAUUAUGUUGUACCUAUAGUCUAAGGAUAAAAUCAGCUGUGAAGAUCAAUACAGGGUCCUUCAUGUCAUCCUGUUUCUUCAAAACUGAACUUUGUAUACUAUACUUUUGUUAUAUGGAACUCAAAAAGAUAUUUCUCAGAAUAUCUGCUUAUUAUAAAAGGUUAUUUACUUCAUUUGAAGAGACAUUGCUUAGCAAAACAUUGUAUUACUGGAAAGUUAGUCACAAGCAAAGUGGUUUCAGGACAAUAUUUCAGAAACAUUCCUGUGUAAAUAUUUGACAUUGUUUGAUGAUUAUCUUACUUACCUUUGUUUGUUGUUUUCAGUGUUGAAAUGUAUAGUUUACUGACAAUGAGGGCAGUGUGUGGCUCAGUGAGCAGUGAUCCUCUGUGUCUGUGAUCAAAAAGUCACCAGUCUGACCCCAGCCUCAGCACAUCUGCAGGUGCUUGAGCAGGGCCCUUAACCCCCAGCUCCCUGGGUGCUGCUAUGGGUGGCUGCCAGCUCACUCUCACCUACAGAGAGCAGGAUGGGGCAGGUGUAAAGAGAAUUUCCCCACAGGGACCAAUAAAGUAUCUAUUAUUAUUCUGGAUAAAUCUUCACUGCUCACAGUCUUCAGUUUCAGAAUGAUUAUUGUGACAUGCUGUGUUUAAGCUCGACUUCUUGUUUCUGUAAUUAUGUCACUGCUAACUGGGGUGCAGCAUCAACUAUUGCAUGUUUAUGAUGUCACAAUAUACACAUAAAAUAAACUAUUAUUUAAGAAAUAUUCCUUGGAACAAUAAACUGUGGAAAACCGUGAAUUUACAAUAUUUUCCUUGAGACUUGAAGGAAGAGUCUUAACUUGACGGAAAAUGUGCCGGUAAUUUUCUGCCAGUACAUUUUCUGUUUUAUGGCGUUUUUUUUUUUUUUUUUUUUUUUUUUACAGUGUGGAUGAGGUAGGAAUGGUGUUUGCAUGUUCAUGUGUGUGUUAAACUUGUAUAGCUUUACUGUAGCCUUGCUGGUGUGGAAGACAAACGGCGGUGGAUGGGAGCAGCUGAAAACAUCGCUUUUCUUCACCUUUCAGCUUGUUGAACAGCUGGUUUGGUUAAGGACUCUCGC